CCGUCGUGUUGGGUCUCCUUUUCAGGAUGAAGUAGGAGUGGUACACUGUUUCUCCAGCCAAGGACUGAUAUCCGCCCCAGCAAGAUGUACUCCUACUUCCUUCUCGCCUCAACUCUGGCCACAGCCAUUGCGGGUCCUUUGGUGCCCCGCGAUGACGUGACGGCCACGGUCGACCUUGCGGUCUCCAGGGGUGCGCCUCAGCAGCUUGCCUCGGGCUUCCUCUACGGCAUCCCAGACAAGGAGGGACAGAUCCCUGACCAUUGGUACAAAGACAUCAACUUCCGCUGGGGCCGCACUGGCGGCGCCCAGAUGGGCGCGCCCAACCGUGGUUGGACCUGGGGCCUGUCCGAGUACCAGGGGCGGCUCCGGUCGACGCUGUCCAACUACCGGACCAUGAGGAAGUUCGGCGCCGAGUGCAUAAUCUACGUGCACGAUCUCUGGGGAACCGACAACGGCAACUCGUCGAGCUACUGGCCCGGUGAUGGUGGCAACUGGGCCCCGUACGACAACUUCCUUAAGAGGCUUAUGGAUGAUCUUGUGGCGAACAACGCACUUGAGGGUCUAGUCUGGGAUAUCUGGAACGAGCCCGACAUCAACGUCUUCUGGAAGCGCAACACCAAGCAGUGGAUUGACCUGUACAUCAGAAGCCACAAGGCGGUUCGCGCCGACGCGCGCUUCAACAAGGUCCCCAUCUCGGGCCCCAGCCUCGCCUGGCGCCCCAUGGCCAGCAACACGUGGUGGACCUCGUGGCUCGCCGCCAUCGCGGCUGCCGACGCCGUCCCGGAUCAGUACUCGUACCACCUCGAGGGCGACCUGCGCGCGGUCGACAACGACCCGCAGUACACCAACGCGUCGCUGGCCGCGCUGCUCCGGCAGUACAAGCUCCCGGACCGCCAGGUCAGCAUCAACGAGUACGCCGCGUUCGGCGAGAUGGUGCCCUCGGGCUACGCGUGGUGGAUCUCGCGCCUCGAGCGCUUCGACUGGCCGGGCGUGCUGGGCAACUGGCAGGGCGGCAACACCCUGCACGACCUGUUCGCCAACCUGCUCACCAAGGCGCGCAACCCGCGCGACUACGCCGCCGGCGACUACGCCGCCGCGCCGGGCCACCACGUGUACAAGUACUACGCGCAGAACAUGACAGGCACGCGCGCGCGGACGGCCGGGUCGACCGACAUGCUGUUUGACGUCUACGCCACCCGGGGGAACGACCGCGUCCGCCUGCUCGCGGGGCCCAAGGUCGCGACGGGGAAGUGGAGCAUCCAGGUGCGGGGGCUGGACGCCGUAGGGUACCCGGCGUCGGGCACCGUCCAGGUCGAGGCCUGGGAGUUCCAGGGCUCCAGUGCCUGGGCCGUGACGGGCCCGCCCGUCUCCAAGGGCAGCAAGACAUACACGUACUCGGGCGGCUCCGUCACCAUCCCGGUCGUGCAAGCCAAUAACUACACCGCGCACGCGCUCGAGUUUGUUGUCAAGCAUUAACUAGCUGCUCGGGGAUCGGCAGUCUCGGCCAAAAGUGUUGCU